AUGGCUGCUGAUGGUGCUGCUGUUAUUACUGUUGUUUCUGCUCUUAUUGGCGACGACGACAAUGAUGGUGUUGCUGUAAUAGAGGAAAGUUCUGAGAAGUUUAUGGAAAUAUAUGUUAUGGCAUUUUUUGCUUUCUUUUUUUAUUAUCACAUGAACAGUGUAAAGUUGAUCUUAAAAGAAUUAGUAGAAGAAGGACAAGAAACAGAAGAUAAAGAAGAAAAAGAAGAAGGAGAAGAAAAAUAA